AUGUUUCGCCGGCACUGGUCCAGUCUUCCUAAGGAUGUCUCCUUUCCAAAGGACCUCGCUGGCCUUGGAUAUUUUGUAAAUGACCAGGAUGAGGUCCGCUCAAUCAAGAACCCGGAUUGCUACUACAAGUUCUUCACCAACAAGAACUCUCGUGUCAACGACCGCCAGAAGUUCAACUUUCAUCAUGCAUUGGAGGAUAUCAUCCACGAGCGGCUAGAGAAGGAAGGUCUCCUGAAAGUCCAACUCUUGCCCGGCAACAAGAAACAGUGCCCUAUCUUCUUGAGCCCCAACAUCGCCAAAACCGCACGCAUUGUCAUCAUCUUCGGCCAACCUACUCACGACCUAGGUGUCAUCGCUGGUCGUGUUAUCAAUGGACCUGAUGGCAUUACCAAGGGUAGUAUGAUCUCUGUUGUGCAAGCACUUGCCAAGCAGCGUGCCGGCCCCGAUGACCAUGAGCCUCCAUGCGUACUCCUCGCCAACAUGGGCCAGAGAUUCUGGUGGCCCGAGGAAGAGCGCGCUAUCACCAUAGAAGACGCCGCGGACAUCCCUCUUCCAAGCCUGGUACAUGCUGGCCGAAAGUACAGCAAGGAGCUGAACGAGAUUCCUGGAAGCGAAACUCCCAUUGCCCAUAUGGCCACAGUCUUCAACAAAGUUCUCGACAUGAACGAGGAUGCGAAGAUUGACAUCAUCGCCAUUGGACAAAGCUAUGAGCCAGCCCUGCAGUUCUUUGAGAACAACGACAACUGGGCUCAAUGGGGCCAUCAUUUGGGCGGUAUGCUUUUCAUGGGGACUGCGUUUCGUGCAGACUCACUCGUCAAUGCUGAGUUUCAAGACUUCCUAGCCAAGCGUACCCGCGGUUACCUUGUCUCCGAUGACCUUCUUGAUACUCCCCUAGCUAUGCCUGGCGGCAAUCCAUCACUCAUGAUCGUCCCCCACGGCUGUCCCUGUUUCUCUUCCGGGGAUCACCAGUACGUCGAGAUGACACUCAUCAAGGCUCUUGAGCCAGCGCUCGCCUACUUGCAGGAAAUUGCCUUGAACCCCGAUUUUGUGAAUCCGGAAAUGCCUGUUGCAGAGCGCCUCCCAACUGACAUCACGGAAGAGCAAUGGAGCGAGCUUCCGGAUGAGGUCAGACCCGAAGUCGACACUGUGAGUCCCGAGUGGAUCAAGGAAGAAGUCAAGCAGCUCAGACGUUGGAAGUACUUUGAGAAGCAUGGCGUGGCACCUCCUGAAGACUUUGAUGAGGAACAGGACGAGAUCUGA